AUUGAUGGGCAUGAUUUAGAAAUCUGAACACGAGCUGACGUCUUUUAGCUCUCAUACCCACACUAGAAGCGUCACAAGUCUGUUAUAAAUUCUAAAAACCAUCUACAACAACACAUUGUGUGAUAUAUCCAAAGACCAAGGACAAUGAAGAUCCAAAUAACUGUAUUUGUAUUGUGUUUAUUAUCUAUAACAAAUGCUUAUUCUUACAAAAGGAGAAAAAACUGUGUGAAACGACGUUUGCCAUAUCCUCCAACGUACCACUAUUAUAGACCGCAGUUUCCUCCACUUCGUCCAAUGCCACAGCCACAGUGGCCGAUAUGGAACGUACCUGCUCCAACCCCUGUGGAUAUGAGGUUUUAUGAGGUUGUAGGGCAACCGAUAAGAGGCGACAUAGGACAGACACUUCCUGUGUUUCCGCAACCACAGCCUCCCAUAGACACUAAACCAAUCGUCCCGGAUAAUUCCGGACCUGUCAUUGUAAAUCCAGUAAAACCAGUAAUUGAAGAUUCCGGACCCCUCCGAGGAGACAUAGCACCUACCCGUGACACCAUGCCACCUGCUGGGAUCGGUAAACCUUGCAAUGCUUUGAGUAAUAACUGUGCUAUGGGGGAAGUCUGCAUGUACGUUGACCAGUCUGUGGGAAAUAGCUUCGUAUGUCCAUCUGCUGCUGCAGUUUCAUGUACUUGUCAACCAGGGUGUCGGCAUGGGGACCUUUUUAUUUCACUUGGUAACACGGUGACGGUGGACCAGUGUGGCAGCAAGUGUUCUUGCAUGUCUUUAUACGGAGCAGUCAGUUGUGAGAAAAAAAAUUGCUAGGUCAAACCCCAAGCAUUACAUUUAUGGAUCAAGAGAAAGCCAAAGACUUUUCUACAAGGUUUAUGAAAUUGUCAUUAUUUAACGUAUUUAAUAAAUUAUGUCUAAUA